UAAUUAUUUUAUAAUGGAAGGAAGAAUAAAGUUUAUUUAUUUUGUUCCCGAAAAUGAUAAACUAGGCAUUGAAAAUUUAUAUAUAUUCUGCGACUAGAUAAUUGCCUAACCAUUCCAAUCUUCACUGAUUAAACUAAAUAAUACUUCGCCUGUAUGGGAAGUAUGGAUUACUCUUCCACUGAAGUUUUCGGCACUGAAUUAACGGAGAUAGAAAAUAAACCUUGGUUUUCAUCUCUCUUUUAUUUAGACCAAUGUAUUCCUACAACUUCUUGUAUCAUGGGAAGUAUGGAUUACUCCUCCACUGAAGUUUUCGGAAUUUUGUAUCAAGUUGGCACUGAAUUAACGGAGAUAGAAAAUAAACCUUGGUUUUCAUCUCUCUUUUAUUUGGACAAAUAUAUUCCUACAACUUCUUAUAUCAAUCUGGUUAUUAAUGAUGAAAUUAGACCUACGUUUUUAUAUUUUCACGGUGAAGUAGAAAUUUAUAAAUUGUAUUCAGUGUUUGCUUGCCUUCUACCAAACGAGUACAUAAAGAAUAGUACAUUAAGCAUUAAGAAUGCCAGUGGUUUGGAAGUUGGAUCGUGGAAAAUAUAUGAGAAUAAUAUUAUCGACAAUUAUGAUGUAUCAUGUGAAUCAGUUGCACAGUCAUUAUCGUCAUCCACAACACCAAUAUCGGCAACCACUCUUUUUUAUCCUUCACCUCUUUCGGAAGCAUCGACAUCUCCAACAGCGUCACCAGAUCCAAAUACCGCAUUGUUUUGUAUUAAUUGUGGAGUAAAAGAAACACCUUUAUGGAGAAGAAAAAGAAUGGAAAGAUAUUGCAAUGCGUGUUGUCUAUAUUUGAAAAGAAACGGAAUCCAUAGGAAAUUGAAUGGUAAUAAAGUGCUUAGAAAAAAGAGGAAGAAAAAAAACCACUCUUGUGCAGAAUGUAAUACAAAUUAUUCACCUAUAUGGAGACAUUUUGACGAUAAGAUCUAUUGUAAUAAACACGGACUUGCAAAAAAAAAAAGAUUAUUCCCUACCUAUUAUAAUAAAAACAAUAAACACGGACUUGCAAAAAAAAAAAGACAAACCCGAUUAUUCCCUACUUAUCAAUAAAAAUUUAAAAAAUUUAAAAAAUUUUUAAAUUUCUUCACA